AAUUUAUGUCAAAUGAUCCGAAUUACCUUAAUUGCAAGAGCAAAGCAUGCAGUGGUUCAAUAAAAUUCCACGUCAUCAACAUUAGAACAGACAUCGAAUUUGUGUUCUUCACUGGUGGAUUCUUGACCCCAUGCUUUGUUGGAAGGUCAAAACCUUUGACUUUUUCUAAUCCUAAGAGGCCUCUCUAUGGCCACCUCUCAUCCACUGAUUCUACUUCAACUUCUAUGAGAUUAACAUGGGUUAGUGGAGAUAAUCAACCUCAACAAGUUCAAUAUGCAAAUGGGAAAUCAGCUACCUCAGUGAUCACUACAUUUUCACCAGAUGAUAUGUGCUCUUCAGCAUUGCUUCCAAGUCCUGCUAAGGAUUUUGGAUGGCAUGACCCUGGAUACAUCCAUUCAGCAGUUAUGACAGGACUUACUCCUUCAACCACCUUCAACUACACAUACGGAAGUGAUUCUGUUGGUUGGAGUGAACAAAUGAAGUUUUUAACUCCACCUGCUGGAGGAUCAGAUGAACUAAGAUUCAUUACAUAUAGUGAUAUGGGAAAAACUCCUCUUGAUGAUUCACAAGAACAUUACAUUCAGCCAGGAGCACUUUCAGUUAUUUCAGCUAUAGAUGAAGAAGUGAAAUCUGAGAAUGUAGACUCAGUGUUUCACAUUGGAGACAUAAGCUAUGCCACUGGUUUUCUAGCAGAAUGGGAUUUCUUCCUUAGCCUUAUUAAUCCAGUAGCUUCCAGAGUUUCUUAUAUGACAGCAAUUGGGAACCAUGAGAGGGAUUAUGUGAAUUCUGGUUCAGUAUAUAUCACUCCUGAUUCUGGUGGGGAAUGUGGAGUAGCAUAUGAAACAUAUUUUCCAAUGCCAACUUCAGCAAAGGAUAAGCCUUGGUACUCUAUUGAACAAGCAAGUGUUCAUUUCACUGUUAUAUCAACUGAGCAUGAUUGGUCACAAAAUUCUGAGCAGUAUGCAUGGAUGAAAAAGGACAUGGCUUCAGUUAAUAGACAAAAAACUCCAUGGCUAAUAUUCAUGGGACAUAGGCCAAUGUAUACCUCAGAUCAUUCAUCUGCUGACAAGAAUUUUGUUGCAGCUGUGGAGCCAUUGUUAUUAGCCAAUAAGGUUGAUUUGGUUCUUUUUGGGCAUGUGCAUAAUUAUGAGAGAACUUGUUCUGUAUAUCAAAACCAAUGUAAAGCCAUGCCCAAAAAGGAUUCAAAAGGAGUUGAUACAUAUGAUCAUAAAAAUUACAGUGCUCCUGUGCAUGUUGUUGUUGGCAAUGCUGGCUUCACCUUAGACCAAUUUCCAAGCAGUGUGGAUAACUGGAGUCUGAUAAGGAUUUCUGAAUUUGGUUAUUUGAGAGCACAUGCUACUAGGAAUGAUUUGAGCUUAGAGCUCGUGACAGCGGAUACGAAAGAAGUUAAGGACAGUUUCCAUAUUACCAAGUGAAAGCUCACUGAAAAAUUCAUAUAUACAUAAAAUAAAAGGAAAGACUAAUAUAGGUUGAGAAGUGUAGACACACACACAGAGAUAGUAUGAGUAGUGAAAAUCAAAGAAUAGUCUAAGACAAUUCCAGAACAAAUGUUUUUUUUUUCAUUCUUAGUGUAUAGUGCAUGUGAAAAUUCUCUCAUAUAGAGUUUUUUAUUCAGAAUACUGUUAUCACUUGUUCAAAUGUGGAUGGAGAUUCAUAUUAAUGAUAAUUUCUUUUUCUUCA